UCCGCCUCAUCAGCAGCCAAUCGGCUCAUUCUAUUCGGAAUGACGUCAGCAAACUAACAACUCCAGGAAGCUGGAAGUUUCGUGUCUUCCAGGACGUCUCCGUCUCUAACUACUACCAAAUUUCGACAAGCAACCAAACGAGGAGUGGCUCUGACGUUUUUUUUUGUUGUCGUUGUUGUAAAAAUUCAAACCAGCGACUUUUUAGCAAAACUUCUCUCCGAGUUAGUUGAAAUAAGGACGUGGGGCGCGACCCAGAAGUCGCCACACAUCACCGUGAAGAUGCUAUCGCCAAGUAUGUCGACUAACUACUGUUUGGAGCUCAGUGGUGACCAAGUUCCUAAAGUGGACAAAUACCUGCACCAACUGAAGUUGCCGGAUGAGACGUUGAUGGAUUUGUCUGUGAGGUUCCGGCGUGAGAUGGACAAAGGCCUGUGCAGGGACACCAACCCCACCGCCGCCGUCAGGAUGCUGCCCACCUUCGUGCUCUCCACUCCCGACGGAACCGAGCAAGGAGAGUUCCUUGCGCUCGACCUCGGUGGGGCUAACUUCCGCGUGCUCCUGGUAAAGGUCCGGGCUGACGGCGAGCGGGGGGUGGAGAUGGAGGACCAGAUUUAUGCCAUUCCGGAUGACAUCAUGAGGGGCAGCGGGUCUGAGUUGUUCGACCACAUAGCUGAGUGUUUGGCUAGUUUUCUGGAGAAGAUGGGGAUGAAGGAUAAAAAGCUUCCUCUGGGCUUCACCUUCUCCUUUCCCUGCCAGCAGACCAAACUGGAUGAGAGCGUUUUGUUGUCAUGGACCAAAGGCUUCAGGAUAAGUGGAGUUGAAGGAAAGGAUGUGGUCAGCCUUCUGAAGAAAUCCAUAAAUAAACGAGGGGACUUUGAUGUGGACAUUAUGGCAGUGAUCAACGACACCGUGGGAACCAUGAUGACUUGUGGCUAUGAAGAUCAGCUCUGUGAAAUAGGCCUCAUUGUGGGAACGGGGACCAAUGCCUGCUACAUGGAGCAGAUGAGGAACCUGGACACGCUGGAUGGGGAUGAAGGGCGGAUGUGCGUCAAUACGGAGUGGGGCGCCUUUGGGGACGACGGCGCUCUGGAGGACAUCCGCACGGACAUCGAUCGGGAGAUAGAUGCCGGCUCGUUGAACCCUGGAAAACAGCUGUUUGAAAAGAUGAUAAGUGGCAUGUACAUGGGGGAGCUGGUGCGUCUCAUCUUGGUGAAGAUGGCCCGAGAACAGCUGCUGUUCCAGGGCAGGACCACGCCGGGGCUCCUCACCACCGGACGCUUCAGCACCAGCUACAUCUACGGCAUUGAGGACGACAGAGAAGAAGAAGGCCUGGCGAGCGCUGAGAAGGUGCUGCGCGGCCUGGGUCUGGACCCGUCGGAGGAGGACUGCAGGGCCACUCGGAGAGUGUGUCAGAUAGUUUCCACGCGGGCCGCUCACCUGUGCGCCGCCUCUUUGGCGGCCGUGCUGCGGCAGAUCCGGGAUAACAAAGCGGCCGAGAAGCUGCGCACCACCAUCGGAGCGGACGGCUCGGUGUACAAGAAUCAUCCAGAGUUUUCCAGGCGGCUCAACAAAAUGGUGCGGCGGCUCGUGCCGGACUGUGACGUGCGCUUUCUGCAGUCCCAGGUUGGCAGCGGGAAAGGAGCUGCCAUGGUAACAGCAGUAGCCUACCGUCUCGCCGCGCAGCACGCCGAGCGCCAGCGGAUACUCGACACGCUGCGUCUGAGUCGUGAACAAUUACUGGAGGUGAAGAGGAGGAUGUCAGAGGAGAUGAAGCGAGGCCUGUCGAAGCAAACACAUGAGCAGACCAGCGUCAAGAUGCUUCCCACCUUUGUCAGAUCCACCCCGGAUGGAACUGAGUGUGGUGAAUUCUUGGCUCUGGACCUCGGAGGCUCCAGCUUUCGGGUGCUCCUUGUGCGACUGCGCAAAGAAAAAACGCACAAAGUGGAAAUGCACCAGAAGAUCUACAGCAUCCCCCAGGAUACCAUGCAGGGCACAGGGGAGGAGCUGUUCGACCAUAUCGCCUGCUGUAUUUCUGACUUCCUGGAGUACAUGGGCAUGAGAGGGGCAUCGCUGCCUCUAGGUUUCACCUUCUCUUUCCCCUGUCAUCAGAAAAAAUUGGAUGAGGGAAUUCUUCUGAGGUGGACCAAAGGCUUCAAAGCCACCGACUGCGUUGGGAAGGACGUCGUGACACUUCUCAAAGAGGCCGUCCGGCGUAAACAGGAGUUUGAUUUGAGCUUUGUGGCUGUAGUUAAUGACACCGUGGGAACCAUGAUGACCUGUGGCCACGCUGACCCCAGAUGUGAGGUGGGGCUCAUUGUCGGCACAGGGACCAACGCCUGCUACAUGGAGGAAAUGCACAACGUGGAAAUGAUGGAGGGCAACGAGGGCCGUAUGUGCGUCAACGUGGAAUGGGGAGCAUUCGGCGACAACGGCGAACUGGACGAAUUCUGCACAGAGUUUGACCGCACCGUCGACGAGAGCUCAAACAACCCGGGAAAGCAGAGGUACGAGAAGAUGAUCAGCGGGAUGUACCUGGGAGAGAUCGUGAGGAAUGUGCUGGUGGAUUUCACUGAGAAGGGCCUGCUGUUCCGGGGCAAAAUGUCCGAGCGUCUGAAGAGCUGGGGCAUCUUCGAGACGAAGUUUCUGUCACAGAUUGAGAGCGACCGGCUGGCCAUGCGCCAGGUGCGCUCCAUCCUGCAGCACCUGGGCCUCACCGUCACCACCUGCGACGACAGCGUGCUGGUGAAGGAGGUGUGCGCCGUGGUGGCGCGGCGUGCGGCGCAGCUCUGCGGCGCCGGCCUGGCCGCCGUGGUCGACAAGAUCCGGCAGAACCGCAACCUGAACCAGCUCUCCGUCACCGUGGGGGUGGACGGCACGCUUUACAAGACGCACCCUCACUUCUCCAGCAUCAUGCAGGAAACCCUGCAGGAUUUGGCCCCCCAGUGCGAUGUGACGUUCCUGAAGUCGGAGGACGGAAGUGGAAAAGGAGCGGCGCUCAUCACAGCUGUGGCCUGCAGGGUCCAAAGAGAAGGGCAGCACUGAGCCCCCCCCCCCAGCAGCCCCCCAGCAGCCCCCCAGCGAGCCCCUCUGCUCUGGACGGGCCGCUGUGACAUGUUACACACUGCACACGCUGAUCCGAAGGCGUGAAACAUGUUGACUGUACUUAUUUUGUUGUGCGAGUUCACACCAGUGUGGACACGUGCGUCUGUAUUUUAAGGCUCGAUGAAGUUGCACUCCCCCCGAAAUGUGACUGCCGCUGCGCUCUUUUCCCCGCUCCCUGCCUCCCGUUCACACCCGGCUUACUCACUGAAAGUCGCUCAUGUUUGAGGAGCAAAUUUAAAGGUUAAAUGUCACAGAGUCCUCGUAAUAAAUGACUCAGCUACAGCAGGAACUUCGUGUUACAGGUUUGAAAAAGGAUUUUAGAAAUUUUUAAUGUUUUUUUUAAUUUGAAAAAAAAAUUUUUCCUUUUUUUUUUUUUUUUUACUGCAAUUGUGUUGUCACAGGCAGUUUGCGGGGAAAAAUGCUGAAUUUUUAGUAAUGAAAAGUCAAACCUGCCUUAAAACGCAUGUGAACGAUGUAAAAAUGUCAACAGAAAACAUGUUUUUGUGUCUUAGCUGAUCAAAGUACUGAAUCUUGGCCAGAAUGGGCUAAAUGUAAAGCACGUGGCAUCAAAGCGGAUGUAUGCAGCAUGCAUGGUGCCUGUGCAGAGCUCUAUAUCACACUGUAUCAAGCUUAUUCUGACACUUUGAAAGAAUAAAGAAUAUAUACCAACCUG